AUGGUUCGAUGGUCCAGAUCUAAUACUCGGGAUCCAUUCCUCGAGAGCGGGAUCAUCAUUGGUGUUAAGGACGCAGAUUGCCUAUUCUGCUUCAGUGAUAGACAAAGAACAAAGACGAUGACCCUCCGGUGGUUAGUACGGACUACACAGAACACAGACAAUGGAAAGGCAAGCUGUUGGAACCAUUUUGAAACUAGUGGGCAGAGGUAUGCAGAGCUUUGUGUUCUUCUUCUGUCACUGUCUCUUCUCUCGCUGUCUCUCCACCCGCGAGGAGGGAUAUGGGGAACGACAAUCUCACUACUCUCACUACUAUCAUGGAGGUGGGAAAUGGAGUUUUGUAAGGUUUCGUGCUUAUUCUGUUAUGGAGGUUCUGUUGAUGGAAGGAGAGUUCUGUGGAACCCUCUGUUGAAAUCACGGGUGUUUAAGAUUGUAAUGGUGUUCAAAGGGAUGAUUAGGAUUAUGGCUAUCAAUUGUGAUUCAGAAAUAUCACAUUUAUCAAUCAAUGAUGGAUCUCGUAUGGCACAAUAUUAUGAAGGCUUUACGGGCAUGUUUGUAUUCACGAUGUCCCAAGGAAGUCUAAUGGCGUCUGGUGGGUGCAAUAAGAGCAAAGACAAGCUUGCAACACGGUUGAAGAUUACAGUUCCACAGUUUGACAAUACAGAACUCAUUAAUGCAUACUCCCGCACUCUCAUUGGGCGUUAUAUGAAUCCUGUGGCGCAGGAGAUGAAGUCCUUAUUGUUCAUGCUACCUAGAAUCUGGAAGGUGGAGGACCGUGUUGCUGGGGCAGAUCUAGGCAUGGGGCAGUUUCAAUUCGAUUUUGAUGAGGAAGAAGACAUUACGGCGGUACUGCAAAUGGAACCAUACCAUUUCGAUGGCUGGAUGGUAGUGUUGAGGGAGAGAAGGGAUGAAACCCGAGACAGAGUUGGAGUACCUAGGGGAGAAAUCAAAAGCUACAAGGGAGCUUUAGUAAGUGCAGGAGGAGUUGGCAACACAUCAACUUCAUCUACUAUUGCGGAAUCUUCUAAGGGGAAGGAGAAAGCAUUGGACCCUCGGGAGGACAAGAGAAGGCAAUAUAAUGAUGGUGACAAAGAGAGACAUCAUGGGGAUAAUAACGGGAGUCUCAGGAUGCCACCAAGAGAACGCAGAAACCAGGGAGGGGUUACACGGGGUAUUCAAAGAAACAUUGGAGGACAGAGGUUCAUGAAUGGGGAUAUGCGCACGGAGAAGAAAGUGGAUUAUGCAGGGAUAACAGAGGCAACAGAUAAGAAAAGCCCAUCUAAGCACUCAGCAAAAAAGGUACGAAAAGGCAUCGUUAUUGAAAAAACAGUUCUAGGAACGGAUGAACUUGGCAAUAUGAUUGAUAGAAUGGGUAUGCUGGAACCGGGGACUUUGGUAGAGGAUAGUGUAGAUGCAUAUUUAGAAGAUGACAUAGAUUUGCUGGCUGAAUACGAUGGUGACAAUGGGGCCACAUGUAAGGAUAUCAUGGAGGAGAUUAAUGGGAUUAACGAAGAGGUCUUAGGGGAAGGGACUGAUAUGCAAGGUUACAAAGGACCCAGUUAA